AUGGUGGCGUCUUGUCUCGGUGACGUGGAAUGCAUCCAAGCACCUGAACUCGAUGCGAUUUCGAUUGGUGUAAAAGAGGGAGUUUGUGUCGAAGAGAGAAAGAGCAUGCGUUGGGGCAGAUGCGUUGCGAUCACUUGGUUGAACACACUCGACGCCGACUGUACUGAGAAAGAACGUGAUUUCCAGCUGAUGCGUCGCGCUUACCUGAUUGAACGAGCGGCAACUAUACUACGCCGACUUUAUGACAAAACAUUCGGGUCUCCAACACAACAAUUCUACUGCGAGCCAUUCUUUGCAGCUGUUUUCAAACAAUCUUAUUCUGCGGACAUAUUCGCCAACAUCAGACACUUUGGUCCAAAUACAUUUUUCAGAUUUUUUAUUGUUAUUGCUGUUUGCCAACGAAUUGCCGGUGCUACAUCUCUCGAAAAAUGUGAAACGCCUUAA